AUGGUUUCAAAGGUUUUAUUGACAGGUGCUUCUGGUUACAUCGCCCAACACAUCACUAAUGAAUUACUCUCCCAUGGCUUUCAUGUCAUUGGAACUGUAAGAAGACAGGAGCAGGCAGACCAAUUGCAUAAGCAAUUCACAGAAGAAAAUCCAGCUUUGCAGAGGGAUCCCUCCCUUUUGACCUAUGUGCUUGUUCCAGAUAUUGGUGCUCCAGACGCUUUUGAUGAGGUAUUGAAGUCAACAUCUGACAUUACCUAUGUUCUUCAUACUGCUUCUCCAGUUGCUCUCAAUGAUGAUAGAGCUCUCGAGGACGUUUAUUUAAAGCCCGCCGUUGAGGGAACUAAAAACAUCUUAAGUGCUAUCAAGAAGUUUGCUAAUGUCAGUGUCAAGAACGUCGUAGUGACCGCUUCUCUUGCUUGUAUCAUGAACCUUGAUAAGGCUGAAGACAAAAGUUUCAUCCACACUGAAAAGGUGUGGAACAACAAUACUUGGGAUCAAACCAAAGGCGGGGAUAAAAUUGUUGCUUACAUCGUUUCCAAGAAGGAGGCUGAGAAAGCUGCCUGGGACUUCGUUGAGAAGGAGAAACCAAACUUCAAAUUGACGACAGUAAACCCUCCUUAUGUCUUCGGUCCUCAGAAAUUCGAUGCUUCGGCUAAGAAGGAAUCUUUGAACACCUCAGCUGAGAUCGUUGGAUCUCUGUUGCGCACGAAGUAUCCAUCUGAUGACAAGUUGUUUGAUGAUCCCGUGAGUAUAUCAGUGGAUGUUAGAGAUGUUGCUCUCUACCAUGUGCUGCCACUUCUAGAUGCUGAUCUGGCUUCGAAGAGAUUGUUUGUUGUUCAAUCCAAGUUCAGUGCUCAGAGAAUCCUGAACAUUAUCAACGAGAAUUUUCCUGACUUAAAGGGCAAGAUUGCUGUUGGAAAGCCCGAGGAAACGGCAAGAUUGGAAGCUCUCAAGGCACCCGAGUAUAACAACAGUGUUACUGUAGGGUUAACGGGAGUUGACCCCAUCCCACUGGAGAAGACGAUUGUGGACUCUGUCAAACAGAUAUUGCGAGCAAACAAGUAA